GCGGAAGUGGAGCAGAAGAAGAAGCGCACGUUCCGCAAGUUCACCUACCGCGGCGUGGACCUGGACCAGCUGCUGGACAUGUCCUACGAGCAGCUCAUGCAGCUGUACAGCGCGCGGCAGCGGCGCCGGCUGAACCGCGGCCUGCGCAGGAAGCAGCACUCGCUGCUCAAGCGCCUGCGCAAGGCCAAGAAGGAGGCGCCGCCGAUGGAGAAGCCCGAGGUGGUGAAGACGCACCUGCGGGACAUGAUCAUUCUGCCGGAGAUGGUGGGCAGCAUGGUGGGGGUCUACAACGGCAAGACCUUCAACCAGGUGGAAAUCAAGCCCCCNAUGAUCGGCCACUACCUGGGCGAGUUCUCCAUCACCUACAAGCCCGUGAAGCACGGCAGGCCGGGCAUCGGGGCCACCCACUCGUCCCGCUUCAUCCCGCUCAAGUA